AUGAAAUUCUAUAGUGUUCUUGCCAUUGUUUUAUCCUUAUCUUUUAUUGGAGCUACAAACACAAACAAUAAUAAUACUGAUGCUCCCUCAACAGAUCCAACUCCAGAUAACCCAAAUAAUGAUGGAACUGUCCAUAUUUUAACAAAAAACAUUGACUUAAAACAAUUACAAGGAACAUACUACGAAAUUGCAACAAAUGCAUCUGAUAAAAUCUUCCCAGGUUUAUUAUGCAGAUGUACUAAAUACGAUUUCUCCGGCUUAAGAAGAGACGGAAACUCUGGUUACAUGUUAGUUAAUUAUGGAUGUGACAGAAAUUUCAUUUUUGGAGAAAAAAAAACUGAAAUGUUAUUUAAAUUAAUUUUAAAUAAACCAGUUGAUGAAAAUACCACCGUUGUUGAUGAAUUCAACUCAAGUAUCUAUGCAGUCCAAGGAAACCAACAAAUAUUAUUAAACAGCAACAUAAACAUUAUCUAUGCUGAAACUAAUGAACAAAAUGAAUAUGAACAUAUUAUCAUUGCAGGAACUAAAUCAAUUGAACCAAUGGUAAUAUUAUCCAAAUACAGAACUGUACUUUUAGAAACAUACAACAAAUUAUUAAAUGCUCUUUACGUCGCUGGUUAUGACCCAUCCCUCUUAAACUGGCCAUUUAUCCUCCAAACCGAUCAAACUUUCUGUGAUUAA